AUGACUGAUUCCAACUGGUCUGCUCGAGGUGAGGCUAAGCGCCAAUCCAUUCUUAAUGCGAUUCCCGAGAUCUGGCGACUGAAGGGUCCUAUUCCCUCGGCGGUCGAACAGCGUGAUGUCACGGGAACCUAUAUUCAACAAUUCCUCAGCAAACGUGAAAUCGAAAUCACCGAGUCUGAUGCGGUUGACAUCGCCGCUGAAACGACGUCAGGACGCUGGUCGGCUGUCGAAGUAACCCAGGCCUUCUGCCAUCGCGCCGCAAUCGCUCAUCAACUGGUUAGUUGUCUACAUGAGAUUUUCUUUGAUGCAGCAAUCGAAGACGCAAAGAAGCUCGAUGCCUAUUUCGCAGAGCACAAAGCGCCUGUCGGGCCACUGCACGGUCUUCCCAUUAGUUUGAAAGACCAAUUCCAUGUAAAAGGUGUCGAAACUACCAUGGGGUACAUAGGCUGGAUCGGCACUUUCCAAGGCCGGCACGAUGAUCCACGCCGAGCUACAAAGGAAAGCGAGUUGGUAAGGGAACUGCGCAACCUCGGUGCCGUACUCUAUUGCAAGACCAGUGUCCCAACAACGCUGAUGGCGGGUGAAACCGUCAACAACAUCAUCGGCUACACAUGGAACCCCAAAAACAGACUUCUGUCUUGUGGCGGUAGUUCCGGCGGCGAGGGAGCGUUGAUCGCGUUGCGAGGGUCGCCCGCCGGCUUUGGGACUGACAUUGGUGGCAGUGUGCGCAUUCCAGCUGGAUUCAAUUUCUUGUAUGGACUACGCCCUUCUUCGGGCAGAGUCCCCUAUGAGAGUACUGCCAAUUCGGCGGAUGGACAAGGUACUAUCUUGUCGGUUAUUGGACCACUUGCGCCGACUGCGCGAUCUUUGACGUUGUUGUUCAAGGCUGUUCUCAGUCAACAGCCGUGGCUGCAUGAUCCGCUUGCAGUGGAGAUCCCAUGGAGGGACUCUAUCGUUGAGGAUACGCGCAAGUUGAUAAAUGGGGCUACAGGCGGUACUUCGUCUCUGGCCUUUGGGAUGAUGCCUUUCAAUGGUAUAGCUCAAAUCCACCCGCCCAUUGCGAGAGGCAUGAAACUUGUUGAGCAGACUUUGAAGCGACUUGGACAUAAGAUCAUACCGUGGAAUCCCCCGUCCCAUGAGAGGGCUCAUGAUAUAGCUGCCAGAACAUUCGACAUGGAUGGCGGUGCAGACUUCAAACAUCACUUCAGUCUCUCCGGGGAGAAGCAGGCGAAACAAGUCAUAGUCCAACAAAACGGGCGGCAGAUGGACGCGUCAGAGAUUGCUGCUCUCAAUAUCACCAAGCGUGAAUACCAGAAAGAAUACAUGGACUACUGGAAUAGCACAGCAGCUCUCACUGGCACUGGGCGUCCUGUGGAUGGAUUGUUCUGUCCAUUGGCACCUCACGCAGCAGUCAUACCCGAGCACUACGAGCAUGUGGGCUAUACAGUGUUUGUCAAUGUGCUAGACUAUACCAGCAUCUCUAUUCCGGUGACGUUCGCGGACAAGACGGUAGAUGUGCGGGGAAAAGACGAGUCUUUGUCUGCUGACUAUAUCAACUGGAACUAUGAUGCGGAUACUUAUGAUGGAGCGCCUGUUGGUAUUCAACUUGUAGGAAGAAGACUGCAGGAGGAGAAGAUGCUCACCAUUGCGGAGUACAUUGGGCAAGAGAUUGCUCGCGACAUUUGA